AUGAUUGACAGUCGUAAAAUUCAGGAAGAGUUUUGUGAGGAGAGGAAUUGGAAUCAGUACCAUUCUCCACGGAAUAUUUUACUAGCACUGGUCGGGGAAGUGGGAGAGUUGUCUGAAAUAUUUCAAUGGAAAGGUGAGGUUAAGAAAGGUUUACCAGAAUUCACAGAAAAAGAGAAAGAACAUGUUGGUCAGGAAUUAAGUGAUGUUUUGGUAUAUUUAAUUCGACUGGCUGACCGUUGUCACGUAGAUCUCUCGACAGCCGUUCUCAAUAAAAUAGAACAAAAUAGACUCAAAUAUCCAGCUGAUAAAGUUUACGGUAAAAGUGAAAAAUACACAGAAUAUAUAGAAAAGUAG